AGCCCCGCAACCACCCACUACCCCCAGAAACCAAAACCCCCAGAAACCAAAGAAACCAGCACAACAAGCCCUCUCUCUCUCCCACUCUCCGUGUAUUCAUCUAUCUAGACUAGAAUAGAUCUCUUCGAUCUGAACCAUGAAAACCUCAAUCCACUCCUCUCCUCGGUCGGCACCGCUGCCGCUGCUGCUGCUGCUUCUCGCUGCUCUUCUUCUUCUGACUGCAGCAGUUCACGCUGUGGACGAGCCGAAGGUGGGGGGGCUGACGAAGAUAAAGCACGUGGGGUCGAACAAGGAGGUGCAGGAGCUCGGGCGGUUCUCCGUGGGGGAGUACAACAACCGCCUGCGCGGCCGCGACGCGAAUCCGCUGGCGUUCGUGAAGGUGGUGGAGGCGCAGCAGCAGGUCGUCGAGGGCAUGCAGUACUACCUCAAGAUCGCCGUCGCCGCCCCCGACGGUUCCCACAAGAUCUACAAUGCCGUCGUCUGGGACAGGCCCUGGCUCAAAUCUCGCCAGCUCAUGUCCUUCACUCCCUCCACUAAGUAAAAUAUAUAUAUAUAUAUAUAUAUAUA